AUGAAGGACGCCGAACCGACCACCAAGCGCAAGGCGGCUGCAAAUGAUACGAUCACCUCCACCUAUGAGGCCGCCCUCAAGAAGCUCAAGAAGCCUGAGUUGGAAAAGAAAUUAUCGGCAACACCCGCUCUCCCCGAGCACAUCAUUCCCGGCAAGCUGAAAAAAGAUCAGCUGAUCGCCGAACUUCUCAAAGUGCAUGCUGGAUGCAGCGCCAACCAUAAGAUCUCGGCCAUGUUUGGAGCCGGCGUAGCCGGAGCCAAGGGCAAGGAGUGA